CAACAUUGCCGUGGCAUCUGUCCUUCAAGCUGAUAUUCCGGUAGACAACGAAAUUUAAUUAUUUCGUUUAUUUUGUUUUGUUAUUAGGGCUUUUGUUGCCGGUGUAGUAUAUAUUAUAUUUUAAAAAUGGCCCUAAAUAUUCGUGACUGGCUACCGGUUUUAUUUUGUGGCCUUUCCAUACCCAUUUCCCUAUUCAUGUGGCUGGGCAAUUCCUUUCUCUCCAAACUGUGGACAAAUGAAUUUGAAGGUAUCCGUAAAGAAUCUCCUGUAAUACCGCCUACAAGGUGGUUAUUUUCAAUAUUGGCACCGUUCAUGCUAAUGGUUGUGGCACUAAAGAGAAAGUCUGUCAACAAGUCUGGGGCAGCUUUGGGUAUUAUUGUGGCCAUUAUAUUAUCCAUAUCGAAUCAUGCAUUCUUUGCAAGUUUGGCGGCAUUUUUCUUCACCUCAUCGAGGGCCACGAAAUUCCGUUCACAUAUGAAGCGGAAAAUUGAAAAGGAUUUUAAGGAAGGAGAGGGCCAACGUAACUGGGUUCAAGUUUUGUGCAAUUCCGGCAUGGCCACCCAAUUGGCAAUUUUGUAUUUAAUUGAUGUGGGCAGUAGUGAGCGAACAAUUGAUUUUGUGCGUGAUUAUCGGGCAAGCUGGCUGGGCAUUGCUGUAAUGGCUGUUUUUGCCAGUUGCAAUGGUGAUACCUGGGCAAGUGAACUUGGCAGUGUCUUGUCCAAAAGUGAUCCCUAUCUGAUAACCACAUUUAAGAAGGUGCCGCGUGGAACAAAUGGUGGCGUAUCCUUUAUUGGCCUAAUUGUUAGCUUCUUAGCUGGUGUGGUUGUGGGCUUAGCCUAUCUCAUAACCGUUCAUUUUACUGCCCCCGCUCACAUGCAUUUGGUGGCUCCACCACAGUGGCCUCUCAUUUUAUGGGGUGGCAUUGCUGGCUUGUUUGGUUCACUCAUCGAUUCUUUGCUCGGUGCCACACUGCAAUAUUCAGGCAUCGACGAAGAUGGUAAAAUUGUCGACAGUCCCGACGAGCGAGGCCAUGUUAGGCACAUAAGUGGUCUACGAAUUAUCGACAAUCACAGCGUUAAUUUAAUAUCGAGCAUUGUUACGGGUGUUUGUAUACCCGUGAUUGCUAUGAAAUUUUGGCCAGAACGUUAAGAAACGAAGUGAUUGGAAUUAAUGAAAUGAUGGUUAUUGUCUCGAACGUUUUUAAACUCCUACAAAAUACUGCUAUUGUAAUUGUGACUGAAUGUAAACAUGGUGGACUUAAUAGUUGUACAAAAAUAUUUUUUGUAUUUGGUUUUUGUUUUAUAGUUUGCGAAUUUAUGUUUUUAAGUGUUUCGAUGUGUCUGCUGAUGAACAAGAAUAAAAAAACUCUUUUUUUUUUAAGAAAA